CUCUACGUCAGGGUAGCGGACUUGUGCGGAGGCCAGGUGAGAGAGGCCCACCUGAGUCGUGGGGGAGAGUUUCCCGGGGUGCUUUGAUCGCGAGGAAUCCUGAAGCCAUGGAUAACUCAUACAUGCUUUGAAACAUGGUUUAGAUGAUUUUUUUUUUCUGGAAGUCAUGAAACUACCCUCCCAAUUGGAUGUACUGUAGAACAGACCUAUGGUAUUUUUGAAUUUGAGAAAUCACAGAAGUCUUAGGAAUGUCAUUAAGUCUACAGUUGUUUCUCAUCCAAGUAAAGGCUAAUGGUGGCAGAAUCUGCAAGGAACUAUGCUUCGUGGAACUCUGGGAAAAACCUUUCGACUUAUUGGCUAUACUAUCCAGUAUGGCUGUAUAGCUCAUUGUGCUUUUGAAUACGUUGGUGGUAUUGUCAUGUGUUCUGGACCAUCAAUGGAGCCUACCAUUCAAAAUUCAGAUGUUGUCUUUGCAGAAAAUCUUAGUCGACAUUUUUAUGGUAUCCAAAGAGGUGACAUUGUGAUUGCAAAAAGUCCAAAUGACCCAAAAGCUAAUAUUUGUAAAAGAGUAAUUGGUUUGGAAGGAGACAAAGUCCUCACAAAUAGUCCAUCAGAUUUCUUUAAAAGCCAUAGUUAUGUGCCAAGAGGUCAUGUUUGGUUAGAAGGUGAUAAUCUACAAAAUUCAACAGAUUCAAGGUACUAUGGACCUAUCCCCUAUGGAUUAAUAAGAGGACGGAUCUUUUUUAAGAUUUGGCCUCUGAAUGAUUUUGGAUUUCUACGUGACAGCCCUAACGGUCAUCGAUUUUCUGAUGAUUAGAAAGCAUUUUUUUGAUAUUAUUAUAUCCUGUUCAAAUGAAUUUAUUAUUGCCACGAAACCAUGUACUAAUAAACUAUUUGCUAUUCAGUUUUA